AUGGAGCCAGUCACGUGGUUCGGGGACUCCAUGGAGCCAGUCACGUGCUCAGCGCACCAACUGCCCGCCGCCUAUGAGUCGCGGAGGAACAAAUGGAGCCUUCGCCGCUCCUCCUCCCGCCCCCACAAGCCGUGCCUCUGCUCGAAGGCCAUCCGCGGAGGUCAAAGCAGAGGAGAUGGGGGCGAUGGGGCCCUGGACGAGAGACUCGCCCUGGACGAGAGACUCGCCCUGGACGAGAGACUCGCCCUGGACGAGAGACUCGCCCUGGACGAGAGACUCCAACGUGCCGCCCUGCGCCCACCGCAGGUGCUGUCCAGCGAGGAGGGCAGGGCGCUGUCCAGCAAGGAGGGCAGGGCGCUGUCCAGCAAGGAGGGCAGGGCGCUGUCCAGCAAGGAGGGCAGGGCGCUGUCCAGCAAGGAGGGCAGGGCGCUGUCCAGCAAGGAGGGCAGGGCGCUGUCCAGCAAGGAGGGCAGGGCGCUGUCCAGCAAGGAGGGCAGGGCGCUGUCCAGCAAGGAGGGCAGGGCGCUGUCCAGCAAGGAGGGCAGGGCCUGGAGUGCAGUGGAUGCGGCACAAGUGGAUGCGGCACAAGUGGAUGCAGCACAAGUGGAUGCGGCACAAGUGGAUGCAGCACAAGUGGAUGCGGCACAAGUGGAUGCGGCACAAGUGGAUGCGGCACAAGUGGAUGCGGCACAAGUGGAUGCGGCACAAGUGGAUGCAGCACAAGUGGAUGCGGCACAAGUGGAUGCGGCACAAGUGGAUGCGGCACAAGUGGAUGCGGCACAAGUGGAUGCGGCACAAGUGGAUGCGGCACAAGUGGAUGCGGCACAAGUGGAUGCGGCACAAGUGGAUGCGGCACAAGUGGAUGCAGCACAAGUGGAUGCGGCACAAGUGGAUGCAGCACAAGUGGAUGCGGCACAAGUGGAUGCGGCACAAGUGGAUGCGGCACAAGUGGAUGCGGCACAAGUGGAUGCAGCACAAGUGGAUGCGGCACAAGUGGAUGCGGCACAAGUGGAUGCGGCACAAGUGGAUGCGGCACAAGUGGAUGCGGCACAAGUGGCUGGCCGAGCGCGGGAACUUGGUGAAAUCCCUGCGAGCCACUCCAGUCUUGACGCCAUCACCACAAGUCCUUUGUGCCUUAGCAUCAAGUCACCCAGAGGCUACCCAACCAGUCCCUGA